AGGAGGACGAGCCGUUCUCUCACCGGGACGGAACCUUUCCCAAGCGGGGCAUCCCUCCCUGACGCCCCGGGGCCGACCAAGUCACUCCCUGCUGCAAACUUCCCCGGAUCGUCUCCCGCGCACCAGAGAGAGACGGGCAGAGAUUGGGUCGGGGACUCUCGUCGCGGCAGCAGCAUGUUUCAGCCCACACCCAAGCGGUGUUUCACCAUCGAGUCGCUGGUGGCCAAAGACAGCCCCUUGCCCGCGUCUCGCUCCGAGGAUCCUAUCCGGCCGGCGGCGCUCAGCUAUGCCAAUUCCAGCCCGAUGAACCCUUUUCUCAACGGCUUCCACUCCACUGGCAGGGGGGUCUACUCCAACCCGGACUUGGUCUUUGCAGAGGCCGUCUCGCACCCGCCGAACCCGGCCGUGCCGGUCCAUCCCGUGCCCCCUCCUCACGCCCUGGCCGCCCACCCGCUGCCUGCCUCGCACUCCACGCACCCGCUCUUCGCCUCGCAGCAAAGGGACCCCUCCACCUUCUACCCGUGGCUAAUACACCGCUACCGGUAUCUGGGCCACAGGUUCCAAGGGAAUGAAACCAGCCCGGAGAGCUUCCUAUUGCACAAUGCACUGGCCAGGAAACCCAAACGGAUCCGUACAGCUUUCUCCCCAUCCCAAUUACUGAGACUGGAACAUGCCUUUGAGAAGAACCAUUAUGUAGUAGGAGCGGAGAGAAAGCAGCUGGCACACAGCCUCAGCCUCACGGAAACUCAGGUAAAAGUAUGGUUUCAGAACAGACGGACAAAGUUCAAGCGGCAAAAGUUGGAAGAGGAAGGUUCAGACUCACAACAGAAGAAAAAAGGGACUCAUCACAUUAACCGGUGGAGAAUCGCCACCAAACAAGCCAGCCCAGAGGAAAUCGACGUCACGUCGGACGAUUAAAAAAACUGGCACUUUUGGACUUUUCCAAGCCAGCACCCCACGAACCGAAAGUGUUAAAGGCUCACCCCCCCCCACACGCAGCCGGCCCCGCGGCGUGGCGGUGCGGGGAAGGACGCGGAGAUCUUCAUCACAGCGAUCUUCAUCACAGCCCGGGAGGGAGCUGGGAGCGAGCGAGGGCAGCCAGCGAGGGCUCCGGACUGUGGCACUGCCGGCACCGCUCUGCCCAAGGGGAUCUGUCAAUCCGAGCCAAAACACCGGGACGAGGUGAUUGACAGGUAUUCCGUUUAUCGCAGUCCACUUUUAAAAGCGUAAC